UAAGACAAAUACAACUAUACAUUCCAGUGUAUAGGUGCCCAUAGCUCUAACGAUAUCUAGAUCGUCUGGUUUCUCUAACUUAUCAAGAAGGUAAUCCUUUGCUGUUUGCUCAUCUAUAUUGAUGAACUUAUUCUUCAACUGACCUAAUGAUUCAUAGACAUUGGCCUCAUAAAAAUACAUAGUCAUACGUUCUAUUUUAGUUUGAAUGCCUUUUAAUUCCUCAGCCGUCUGAUUGGUCUUAUUAUUAGAAUGAUCUAGUAGUGUAUUAAACACUUUAUCUUUAUUUAAGGGUUCCCUGUACCCCGAAUUCAUCAUAACCUCAUUUUCAUAUGUUUCAAUGAAUUCAUCCCAGAAUUGGUAGAGUUUUCCCAUAUCCUCAGCUGUGCGCUGACCCCCUGGAGGGAUCCAGUGUUCAGCGUUGUACUUAUUAUUUUGCAAACCCCAACGUUUGACUGUGUCAACAUUGAUAUCUUCUGAAGUACCGACUUCUACACCCCGCCUUAGUCUCUCCAAUUCAGUCUGCAUAGACUCUCCUAGCUGCUCUCUUUUUUCAUCCUCUAAAUCAGGGUCUCUAUCCGUUGAUACCCUAACUGACUCCCUGAUCGGGUUAUAAUUACAGUUAAAGAAAUCGCUCUUAAUUUUAUCUUUCUGCAAUUCUAAUUCACGCAUUUCUUUCUCAUAUCUAACCUCAUACUCGUAUUCUCUAUAUUUCAAUUCAGGAAUCUGACUCUUUUUCAAGAGUCUUUUCACUUCGGCCAAUUUUUUUGCUGUCAGUGGAGGAUAGUUCAUAUUUUUCUUUUUUGUGUGUCUUCUUGCAGGUUGGAUUUAUUUAGUUUGAGACAUGUAAGGACUUCUCCGGAGAGGUAUUCUCUUCAGUUCUGUCCAUCUCUGUCGGCACCAUUGUUAUCUGUCUCUUAAUAGUAGAGGAUCGCCGACGCCCUGUCUUUGAAGUAGAUACCUGGUUGGUAUCUUUAUGUAGAUUGGAAAUGUGCUUGUAUACUUUUCUAUUGCCCAGUGACUCUGAGAAAAGUGGGAAACCAUGUCAAAUCCGCAUGCUUGGCCUUCGGAUUCGUAGUCAUAGGUGCCUUGCUUAUAUUUAUUUUCAGACAGGCGGCAUAGGAUCAAAGGUUUCGAACCAAGAAGUUUCCCAUUCCUUUGGCGACGCAGGGAAGUCUCAUUUGGAAUUUCAUAUAGCCAGUGGAAAGAGGCGGUUUCUGAGAAGCAUCCAAAGGCACUGCGAAGAAUAUCCAUGGCGCUAAGGACUCGAUCGGAGGUGCCUUCCUCAGGAAGAAUGGUUGGGAAGAGACAUCAUGAAUCCUCAUUCUUUCGAAUGAACUUAUAUGAAUUAUGCAUUUUUCUCGUUUCCGUCCAUUUAUGUUCAUCCACAUUUUAGAAAUAGAAAUUCAUCCCGAAAUAACCAACUACCGCUUUCCUCGAACUCUGGCUUCUGCAUUAAGUUAAGUGAAGGUAGUCUAGGGUAAGGCCCGAAGAAGUCAUUUAAGAAAUCGAAUAAGAAGCUCGAAAGAAGUGAAGGCGUAUCAGAUACGGAUCAGUCUCUUUCCCCGUAGGCAUGAGUACGGCACCCUUGACUGGUUCUAACCAUUCAUUCUUCCCUGGUUCGACGCUUUCUCUAGUGGAGUGGAUAUGUGUUCGUCUACUUGACCUUUGUUGGUUCAUACAUACCUUUUCAUUCCUGCUAGUAAGGCAUCCCAGCUUUGCCUGUCCCCACGACUGCCCGCAUCAACUUGAAACCGGAGAGCACUGGCACUGAGAUACCUUACUUACUGAAUUUCCUGCUGGCCUUCCCUUACCUGCCCUUCCAUUUAGGUUGACGAAUGGGAUUUCCUUUUCUAGAAACACUGGGAGACUGGGUCUUCUCAGACAGAGAUGGUUCUGCUUAGCGAGAGAACGAGCAUACGAAUCAAUUCCAUGCCCUGAACUUUGAACCAGAGAUCCAGCUGGCACUUCUCUUUUGAUUCAUAACCCUUGCUUUGGAAUAUCCGGUUGACUUGGGCAGUUUCUUCUAUAUCUCGAAUGCUUCAAUCGCCAGGCCAGGUUCGAUCAAAGAAGUUGAUAGCGCGAAAGCUGUUUUAGUUAGUCACGUGCAUCCUCGCCUCUUGCUGAGUCAGGCUAUCAAGCCGUUGCGCUGCGUCUAUCCGUUUUCUUGUUGGGUCAGGUUGAGUUCUAAGCCCGUGUAAAGUGAGCUUGGUCUGGAGCAAGCUUGACUCGUACAAUAACUCGUCUCGUCUCGUAUAGUAUAGACGUUGAAGAAGCAGUCAAUGGUGCCUGCUCUAGAAAAUGCAUAUAUCAAUCAAGGAAGUGUUCCAGAAUUCGUCGUAUCCUGAGGUGAAUCUUGCUUGUUUUGCUAAUGACGUAAAUGGAAAUGAAAUGAAAUCUUGCUUCGUAAUGAAUUCCGCGAAUCAAGAGCUGGAAGAGUGCUUUCAACUCACUCCAAGGGGCAAGGGAUGGCACUAUCACGACUGAAUCGCCUAUUCGACUAGUGCCAAGCGACCGAUAUCCUGAUUGCCAAUCGAACCCAUAGGGACAAGAAACAGAUCAAACAAACCAUUCACAUCACAUGACCCUGACACUGUGCCUAUCUCGUCUCGUAAGAAAAGAAUUGGGUGGAGAAGCUGGCCUGGUCAAUCCAAGAAAAAAGGAUCCGUCCGAUUCAGUGGUUUCGCCCAUAAGGGAAGCAUACUUUGAUCAGAAAGGCGGGUCCUCUACGCUUUGAAAAUAGCAGGUAGUAGGCCCAUGGGAAAACAGACUUGCUCAAAUCCAUAUUCUUGUUUCCCGAGGCAAAACCCACUAGUGAGUCAAGUGAAAGUCCUCCAAUCUGUGAGGAGAGGAAAAUCCUUAUUGCAUAGUUGAGCAACUAUCUACUAUUGAUGACUGAGGCAUUACAACGACGAAGAUUGCAGAUUUGGAAAGAGUAUCAUUGUCUGACAACUCUUCCUUUAUACAGGAAGCAACAGUAGGAAAUAUGAGGAGUUUAUGUUCACAUCCACCAACCUACCAGCUUACUAGGACGGACUAUGAAGAACUGCAGCGGAUGACAAUGGCGCUUCUAUUCGAAUCGAACACAAAGACGACCCAAAUACAAAUACUAUUUCAUUUCAUUUCAUUUCAUUUAGUAGAGUAGAGUAGAGUAGAGGAGGGGAGCCCCACCUUUGAUAUCCAGUCGUGUGCCUGCCUGCUCUUAGAUAUGAUUAUUUCGAUUAGACCGCUCUGCUUUGAUCGGGAUCUUACUCCACUAAUGGUUCUGUUUUCGUACCAACUGCCCGGCCUAGCGCUUUAAAAAGGGCUGUCUGCAUUACUGGAAAAAAAAGUAGUAAAAUAAAAGUAGGGGCCACGUAGACUAUUCUGAGGUGGUAUGCUAAAUCCAUGAUCCACUGAUGUAGCUAGUGUGACUAAAGCUGCAGCUAUUGGCUUAACAGGUUCUAAACUCUCCCACCCGAUAAAGGAAUUGAAAGACUACCCCGGGCCCGGGCCACGUAGACUAUUCCCUUCCGCGGACAUUCUUUUAUAGUCUAGAAGGAAAGUAGCAAAGCCGAACGCAAAUACACAUGCAAAUUGCGUCGACUACCUCAUCACUGUCCAAAAUGGGGGAUACCGCUAUUCAUACAUGGAUGGAUGAGGGACUCCGCUGACAACAUCAGUAGAUGACUUUUCUCUUUUCUCGCGGAAUGCUAUUAACGUUGGAAAAAACACAGCUCUCAAACUCACCCGGAGGGUGAUAGGUAGAAGCAUUAGUACCUAACGGAGCGGUAUCUAACCAAAAAGGGAAGGGAGGUGAUGUUCUUUUUAUAAACAGGAUGGAGCAUGGCUUCCUUUCUUCUUAGAUACAUUUCAUUCAUUCCAUUUCUCUAUAGUUUACACUAUAACAUCUUUUAAAUCCUGACAGAUCUCGAAAAGGGUGGGGGCACUAGAACCAAAUCUACAUACACAUCGAAACUUCCUAUCUCAGCCAAGCUAGCACCUUCAUCCCACCAAUGCAUUGUACGACUCUCCACCCUCCGCCUUGCCUUUUCCUCCCUCAUGAAAUCCAAAUUUCCCGCAAUGAAAUUCGAUUUCGUUCAUGUGCAAAACGGCCCUGAGAUCCGGGACUGGUAAAACAUGGGUGCCCCAUUUUCUUUUCCGUGCUCCGCCUUAGUGCCCUUAUGAAGGCGGCGGGGAGUCCUUAGCCUUUGAACCAAACUCUAGGGAACGCUCAAUUGCCUGACGUCUCAACUGCAAUGGUGAACUCAGUGACAUACACUGAAAUGGAUUGCAUCUAUUGUUCCAAACAAGGCUGAUAUUAGCAGGGCAAGCCCUUCCAUGCAAUUUCUUGCUUCGCUCUACAGACGAAAGUGCCGGAUAGUCAAUGGUAACCAGAAGAUCUAUGGUUUUCGAGAGAAGGUAAUUGGAAAAACGAUUCAUUCCUUUGCUUUCUUUCAGAUAUAUAUUCAAUAAGUCUGACCUUACCUGAAAACGAGAUUCAUGAAGAAGCCCAAAAAGUGCCGGGCUUAGUGCAGCCCAGUUCCUAGCCAGUGUUCAGUUAUUUUUUCAGAGCUGUCCUCCUUCCCUUUAAGCUGCUCUCUAUUUGAAGCCAAAGUCACUAUUUCUAUCUUUCCUGUUAUUUCGUACCUAGUAGUAUAUAUGGAGAAUACCAAAAAGCUAUCAAUUACGCAUAGGAGUUGUAUAAAAAAGGGCCCUGACUUGUUGAAGUGCUUAUUUUUUAGAGAGAUUGACUUUUCUUUCAAAAGGAUACAUCAACCUGUAGUGAACCGGGCCACCGAGCUUGCUUUUACCGCUCUUACAGCUCUCUCUCUUCUUUUUUUUGGUAGUUUGGCCAGGAAAGAGAAAGAGGAAUGUACCCAUUUCUAUUUAUCCAUUCUAAUAGAAAGUACCCAAAAUGUUUUUUAAUGUAUGGAGCAGGCGUAUGAGUUGAUAUCUUCAAGAGUCAAAUCCUUUUCUUGCCCACCCAAAAGAAAAAAAUCGUUACGAGCAUCUCCAAAAUGGAAUUGAAAAGCUCCAAUUUCCAUAAUGGUAGCGGGGAAAUACCCAGGGAAGAAUCAUUCUUUUAAUCAUCCAGAUCUAUCAAUUUGCGAAUUCAAUAAAAAACGGACUGAUCCUCGGAAUACACCAUUAUCUUUCGAAGUGCGUAGUCAAUACUAUGUUAUAUUAUAUUCAAAGAAACAAGUAAAAGAGUAAAGGCUUCGCCCUUCAAUACCACACUUCCAAUCUAAAUUCCUACGAGAUUGACGUUCGAAGAAAAAGACAUGGUUUGAUAGAAACUUUAAGUGGGUAUCAAAUAAGCUGGAAUGAAUGGUAUCAAUUUCUUCUUUUCUAUACUGAAUCUGCUUCGGUAUCUCUUUCUUCCUUCCCUUCUGUAAACCAAGCAGUGACUAGCCUCUGGCACUCACUUUCCAAAGCACCAAUUGACUUGCUUUCAGAACAACCCUGAUCAGUUAUACCGGAAAUACCACCCGUACUACGUACGCCAUUCCCAACGCGGAGCGCCUUUAUUUUCGUAUUGAACUCCGCUAGGAAGAAAAAGUUAGACCGUAGCCUAGUCACUCUUCUUUCCAAUAUACUUAUAAAUAAUCGUGGCCGGCGCAAACCUAGCACCGCGUUGACAUCUUCGCUUCAAAAGCUUUCAUUUUAUUUCUUUCAAAGGAACAUGAACUAGGUUAUUUACGGGAAGUCGUCCAGUCUAGGAGCACUCCCUUAGAUUUGUAGAACGUGAACAUGAGUGGUAGACUGAACACCCACACAAUCUCUAUUUGACAGAGCAACACCUUGAACGAAAUCAAAAUACUAAACAGAGUGGGUUACCGGCUCUACGACCCCAUUCCGGGGCACUACUGUAGAGCUCUUUGGGCCUUCCAUCUUUCUUUCGUCGUUUCGCACAUAGAUACAACUGUACUCUCUAUUAGAAACUAUAUAAUAUAAUAAAAAUGGAAGUACUUUCGAGUAGUCUUACAUUCACAUCUUUAACUACUCGUUUUUUCCCGUUGCUAGCUAGCGUCUCACCUUCUUUUCCGAAAACGUAGGAACUAAAGAGGCCGGCCUUCGGCAAAGGGAAAGCGUGAAAGGAUUUAAAAAAGGGGCUUUACUAAACUAAACUAAUAUAGAAAUGGAAAUCUGAUAAAGAUGCCUAGUCUGCGCUGUUAGAAUCCAUUGGAGAAAGGCUUGCUCACUUCUUCAUCUGUGAGAUACUCGUAUUAGAAUAAUUUAGAAUAAUGGGAUUGGACCUUGCUUCGAUCCCCUCUUUAAGAGACUCCAGAAACUCGUUGACCCAUAGAUGUAAUAGCCGAAAUGAAACUCUUUUCCUUUACGCCAUAGGAACUAGUAUAGAAUUAUAAAAGAGGUCUUUCCUUUACGUCGUAAAGAGAAGCAUGUGCCUUCCACCUAUCCUUCCACGUAUAGCUGGGCUUUAAUAAAGAACGCAUCGGGCAGCGAGCGGAAAAGAAAGUCGAUUGAAUCUUGGUAAUUGAGUGAAGAAGCUCUCAGCGAAGAACAACCCGUAAAUCUAGGAAGUAUUGAAUCGGGAUCCGAUCUCUUUUGGUACACUCGAGUCAUAAGGUGUGUACAGACAGACAGGCUUCCUUUCGAAAGGCUAGGCACCAUUUGGUCCAAAGCUCCUCAUAUGAUGGGUAUAGGGUGACGACCUUAAUGAAUCAAGUAUUCAGGUGGCAGAGUUAUUAGCUACAUAAGCGCUAAAAUUCCAGAAUACUUAUUGCCCUGGCUUCUAUGAUCAACCCCUGGCACAUUUCGGUUUUGAUCUGAGGCUAUCCUGGUCUGCAGGACCCAACACAAGUAUUCAUCCUUUCCAAUCUGAAAAAGGUGUUGCCGAAAGCUUACCCUCUUCCACACGGAUGCUACAGCCGCUAUCACUUUUGCAGGAGGGGAAUUACAGAGUUCGCCUCUCGACAUCUUGUUUGGUAAACGGAAUUUUUACCCAGGCGCCCUAGUGUUGCCUAACCGUUCGGCCUCGGAUGCGAGAUCUUUAGCUACUUGUAUCAAUUUGCCACAGUGUGCUUAGAUACAAUGCGCUGGCAGCUGAGGCUUGGCAGGAUGGGAGUGAAUUAAAUUAAGGUCGAGGGAGCAGGAAAGAGUUUGUUAUUCGCUAUUGGCUUAGUACGGCCUAUACAUAAUAGGGCCAUGACGGUUUUGGCAAGGCCUUGAACUUCAUAUAUCCCUUUUUUACUCAAUCCAGAAUACCGAUAAAGUCAGAUUGAAUCAUUUUAUCGACCUUUCCUUUGGAUUUAUUAUCAUAGGUAGUGUUCGAGAUCGCCUCUGUGCGGUGAACGCUCGAAUGUAGCUAACAUCAGUUUUGUCCUCGCGUGGUUGUGAAGGAGAUGCUGCUGCUGGAUGGAAUGCUUCCGGGGCGCCAUGAUCCUUCUAUCAGGAAUAAUCGAGGGCACUGACUGACUGCAUCAAUCAUCGCUCAGUGAGCUAUUAAUUGCCGCCAAUAGCGCUUCGCUUGCAUGCAAGGCGGCUAAUAAAAGCGCCAGGUAGACGCGCGGAGAUGCAUUUUUAGUACAGGUGGGACAAGCUCUAGGGGAAUAAUCUCUUUCUUAUUUCUUUCUUAUUUCUUUCCCAUGACGACUAGGAACGGGCAAAUCAAGAAUUUCACUUCGAAUUCCGGACCUCAACAUCCUGCUGCUCAUGGUGUUUCACGAUCAGUAUUGGAAAUGAACGGAGAAGUGGUGGAACGUGCGGAACCACAUAUUGGAUCACUCCAGUGCGGCACGAAGCCGCUGACGCUGAGUAGGCUCCUAUGCCGCUAGCACGGUGGAGUAGCGCGUCAUGAGCACCGGGCAAAGGGACGGUUGAGCAACUCAAGCGAACCGCUCUACCUGACUUUGGAUAAAGAUAGAAGGGAGAAGGUUGUGAAGGUGGCCUCGUUAUCCACACAUCUGGUCGGAGGACCGACCUGGGCGAGCGUAGGCGGGUCCUGGAGUGCCCGUCAAGGGCGCUAGCGCAUACCCCGGGGUGAUCAUCACCACCUGCACCUCACAUCUCGGCACAGUGGAACGUGUAACCCGCCUGCUGUCCAAGUCAACCACUUAAUUUCCUGUAAUUCAUAGCGCCUAACAGAACGUAGCAGCAAGGGACAACCCACCCAUACAGACAGCCUGCGGGGAGGAUGGCACUACUGGCAAAGACCGUCUGGCGAAAACGCCGCAGGCGCGAAGCGUGGUGGGCCUGCGCCGGGGGAGCAUAGGGAGGAAAGGGAGCCCGGACGGUGGAAGAGCCAGGGGAAGCCGGGUCAUUUGACGGAAAUGGAAGGUCCGAGCAGCUCAUUCAUUCUUGGAAAAAGAGGGGGGGAGCGGGCCAAUGUAUCAAUGAAUAGAUACAGUCAACGGUAGACAGACAGCGCUGCCUACACGCGAAUUAGCUUCCGAACAAGCAAGGGAUUGAGCAACUAGCGCUAGGCGCAUCCUCUUGCUGGUCGAGCGGUCUCAAUUUCACUACAGGAUUUGCGAAUGAAUGCUGGGCCACCUCAAAUGGCGUGAGCCGCAUGCGGGGAGACCCGCACGUACGGUUUUCAGGGGGAUCCGGCCGGCGCCCACCCGACUAGAGGGACUGAGAAAUUAAUCGAGUACAAAACUUAUCUUCAAGCUUUACCUUAUUUUGAUCGUUCAGAGGGCGAUCGCGGAGUCACUGAAUGAAGUCCUCCCUUUCUUUCGGGGGUGCUGACCCGCUGCGAGGCAGAUAUGACUAAGUGACAUAUUGAAUAUGGCGACGACUACAGCAUGUCGUAGAAGGAGAUAAGAGGUGGAGCCAACGACCCACUAAGACUCACGUAUCUACAACUACAUUCCCGAGCGGCAGUCAAACGGAGGCGUGAAUGCAAGAUGCCAGCGGAAUGAUCGACCGGACAGAGGCUAGGGCUGCUUUCUUCCCACCACGUCCUUCCUUGUGUGUCGGAGAUAUAAAGCGAGUGCACCGGAAAAGAAGGGGAACAGAGUCGAUCUAUUCCAUGGCGAAGCAUCCGAAGCAUAACUGCACACUCACACGAUCUUUGCCGAGAGAUAGGAGCAUUCGGUGGAACCGGUGAACUACACUUGCUUCUUGAUAGAUGUGUGGGACAGAGGGCUCGUGGUACCUGCUGCCCACCCUUCCUCCGCUUUGAUAACCGUGUGAACGGAGAGUGGGCAGAGCAAAAGGGAAGGAGGUCCUCAUACGGAGUCGCACACUUGAGCAGUGCGGGAGACUGGAGAAUGGGUCGAGUAAACUCCCUUAGGGCCGAUUAAAUCACAGACGAGGUUCUUUAUUUUUUCUUUUAUAUUUGGAGAAAAAAGAAAGGCAGAGGUAAAUACUUCGAAGAGGCGGCUCGGUAGGGAUGGAAUGGUCAAUCGUCAAGUCAAGGAUGACUUCUUUGUUGGCGAAACGAUGGGGGAGAGAAAGCACGCCAGUGAUUCUCUGAGCCGGUCUUCAUUUCCAACGCCUCGGGAAACAGGUCGAGAUAGAUGACAGCACCUUUUUAUCCUCUUCCUUACCGGGAAGGCGCACUUCUCUUCUUCUUCUGGCCUUCACCUCCUGCCCGGCCCGGAAAUAGAACCCAGCCCCCUUUCUGAUCCAUUCAUUUCUGCAAGCAGGCGGGAUCCAGAGCUAAGCCCCCCUCCUAUUCGAAGCCGGGUGUGGCCUCGCCCUUUUGCUCUUCCUUCGGUUUGGCUCCACGAAGGCGCCGCCUAGACUAGGAGCCCCACUCAUAUUCAAAAGGCGCCCAGCUUUCAAGACGAUGAUAAUAAGUAGUUAGGCUGCCAUUAUUCCAAUAUCAUGGAAUAGCAUGGCCCGGGGCUAAGGUAACUCCAGUGGGAGAGCCGUGUUAUGGGUGACCUUAUUGCACGGUUCAGAGAGCACUUGUGUAUGUGAUGCAAGUGAACGUGUACGAAAAAGCUGUCGUAAAGUUUCGUUGUUCGUUCCGUCGUUGACCCUAUCUAUGUUUCUACGAUGGCCCAAGAACACGCUCAUUCUUCAGCCGUAGAGAGACUUUUGAAUUGUGAGGUACCAUUACGAGCUCAAUAUAUACGAGUGUUAUUCUGUGAAAUAACUCGAAUUUCAAAUCAUUCACUUGCUUCAACUACUCAUGCUAUGGAUGUGGGAGCAUCAACUCCGUUCCUUUGGGCUUUUGAGGAGCGGGAGAAAUUGUUGGAAUUCUAUGAAAGAGUCCCGGGAGCCAGGAUGCAUGCCAGUUUCAUACGUCCUGGUGGAGUGGCACAAGAUCUGCCUCUUGGCUUAUGUCGAGAUAUUGAUUCCUCCACACAACAAUUUGCUUCUCGUAUCGACGAAUUAGAAGAGAUGUCAACCGGCAACCGUAUCUGGAAACAACGAUUAGUGGAUAUUGGUACUGUCACUGCACAGCAAGCAAAGGAUUGGGGAUUCAGUGGUGUAAUGUUAAGAGGUCGUGCGACAUGAAGACAUUGAUAGCAAUAUGGGGGAAGUUCCCAUCAGGCAACAACGGUUCUGCCCGACCCUACAAAAGCAUGCAUAUGUUGUCAGUGAAGAUUUUGUGUGAAGCCUUAGAGACGACGUACCCGGGGCUAGGGUGAGCUGAGGGGGGACAGCGUAAGUGAGCGAAUGUGUGUAAGCCCAGUCAAAGAUUCCUAUUCUAGGCGGGCCAUCAACCUUCGAAUGGUGUUGGUCCUACGGACCGUGAACGGAUUCGCCUCUGGCCUCUGGGCACGUCGGAACCGCAUGAGUUCACCGGGGUGGAGCACGGUCCGCCAAAAUCGACAUAGGUUAGGUGCUAUUGAUGGAACAUGGUAAGCCCAUCUUUCUCCAUAUGAAAGUGCUGCGGGCACAUAGAGAUGUGGGUAGAGGAAGUCUCAAAAAGCGAAGGCCGAGCUGUAGGUCACGUGACCUGCACCGAAAAGGUGGCUGACUGGGCUUUCUCCUGGAUCAAAGCAGAUCAGCUCGCCAAAUUCGUUGAUCGAAUCGGGCGCCCCGGAACGUCGAAUGAAAAUACGUGGUCUUUCUACAACCCUAUUUAUAUGAUAGGCCCGGCCCCUUCCCCCCUAUCCCUCCCUUAUGUUUAGGAGCGGGAUCUGCCCAAGAACGACCUGUGGUGGUACGGACUCCGCAAGCGUCCCGCACCCUCUGAGAAAGAAACUCCUCAACCAUCACAAGAUAAAGAAGUAUGACGCUCUGUGUCUGACUCUAUUGGUCAUAGUUCCUUGCUGUUGCGGCCGGUGCUCGUUUGCGCGCGUGUGAACCACCAGAUCAUAAGGAAAGAUGCCUCUCGGGGCAUCUGAGAAUGAUUCGAGCCGUAUGAAGGGAAACUCCCACGUACAGUUUGUUUUGGGGGGGAAGGAGCCCGACAGGGUCCCCCCACUGACUUGGCCCGGGCCUAAGUGAAAGUGAAAAAGUGAAGUGGUGGGCCUACCCAUCCCAAC